AUGCUGGCCUCAGGGCUGCUUCCUGCGGCAUUGCUGGCCUGUCUGACUAUACUGGUCUUGAUGUCUGUCUGGCGGUAGAGGAAGCUCGAGGGGACACUGCCUCCUGGACCCACCCCUUUGCCCUUCGUCGGGAACUACCUGCACCUGAACACCAAGCAGAUGUACAACUCCUUCAUGAAGGUCAGCGAGCGCUAUGGCCCUGUGUCCACAGUCCACCUGGGGCCCGGGCGGGUCGUGGUGCUGUGUGGAUGUGACACUGUGACGGAGGCUCUGGUGGACCAGGCUGAGGAAUUCAGUGGACGAGGCAAGCAGGCUAACUUCAACUGGCUCUUCAAAGGCUCAGGCUUGGCGUUCGGCAGCUGGGAGCGCGCCCAGCAGUUCCGGCGCUUCUCCAUCACCGCACUGCGGGACUUGGGCGUGGGCAAGCGCGGCAUCGAGGAGCGCAUCCAGGGGGAGGCGGACUUCCUCAUCGAGGCCUGCCGGGGCACGCACGGCGAGCCCUUCGACCCCAAGUUUGUGCUGAGCCGCUCGGUGUCCAACAUUAUCUGCUCCGUGAUCUUCGGCACCCGUUUCGACUACGACGAUAAGCGUCUGCUCACCCUUAUCCACCCCAUCAAUGACAAGUUCCAAAUCAUGAGCAGCCCCUGGGGAGAGCGGUACCAUAUCUUUCCGAGCCUCCUGGACUGGGUGCCCGGGCUGCACCAACACCUUUUCCAGAACUUCGGACGCAUGAAGGACCUCAUCGCCCGCAGUGUCUGUGACCACCAGGCCUCCCUCGACCCAAACUCUCCCCGGGACGUCAUUGAUUUCCUUACCAAGAUGGCACAGGAGAAGCAGGACCCGCUGAGCCACUUCCACAUGGAUACUCUGCUGAUGACCACACACAAUCUGCUCUUUGGAGGCUCCGAGACCGUGGGUACCACGCUGCGCCACGCUUUCCUUGCGCUCAUGAAGUAUCCAAAAGUGCAAGCCCGCGUACAGGAAGAGAUCGACCGCGUGUUGGGACGCGCGUGGCUGCCUGCGCUGGAGGACCGAGCGGCCAUGCCUUACACAGAUGCGGUGAUCCACUAGGUGCAGCGCUUCGCAGACGAUCCCAUGAGCUUUCCACACCACGUCACUCGGGACACGACUUUUCAAGGCUUCCUGCUACCCAGGGGCACGGAUAUCAUCACCCUCCUUAAUGCAGUCCACUACGACCCCAGCCAAUUUCUGACGCCCUGGGAAUUCAACCCUGAGCAUUUUCUGGUUGCCAAUCAGUCCUUCAAGAAGAGCCCUGCCUUCAUGCCUUUCUCAGCCGGUGAGAGCCGGCUGUGCCUGGGCGAGUCGCUGCGGCGCGGGGAGCUCUUCCUCUUCCUCACCGCCACCCUGCACUUCUUGCUGGAGCCGCUGGGGGCGCCCGAGGACGCCGACCUGACCCCGCUCAGCUCCGGCCUCUGCAAUUUGCCGCGGCCUUUCCAGCUGUGCCUGCGCUCGCGCUGACGCCGCAUCCCUUCCAGGUUCGCCAGUGAGCGUUGAGGACCGCCCGUUCCCCUGCGCCCCAUCCCUCUCGCUGUCACACUCGCUUCCCCUCACCUGCCGCAUGCCCAUCCCCCAUCGCUCCUGUCUUUACCUUCUGAGCCCCCAGAGGGAGAGAAAGCCAAGGGGAAGGGGAAGUGCAUGCCUUGUUUUAUCCACAGAACUCGUUCUAUUGCGCACACUUUGGGGGAUUUUGUAUCCAUUUAUAAUAAAUUAUAAUAGAUUCGAACCUGCCUUGGCUGAAUUAAAGGGAGGAGGAUAGUCCUCUAGGAUGGGGAGAAGGAAGGUCUGGCUGCAGAGAGGGGAGACACCUGGCUGUGAUGAGUUCAACCCUCACCCUUAGGGCGGUUAAAAACUGGGAGAAAUUGUUUCCUGGAGACAGGCUGGAAGGUAAAGGCUGUGAGGGCUCGAAUGAAGACAGAGGCAGAGAAGCCAAGGCCAAGAAAGAGACAGCAGCCUAGAGAGAUAUGGAAAAGGUCUGCAAGAGAUGCAGGGCACUGUACAAAGAUGGAGAUGCAAGCAGGGAGAAAGUGAGAGACCCGGAGAAAUAAACAGACCCAGAGGCUGAGAAAUCACAAUUACUAACACUUACCUAGUGCUUCCUAUUCACACACUGGUCCAAAUGCCUCAUUUAAAUAUCCCUAUGAGACAAAGCAAUUUUAUUAUACAUUUUUACAGAUGAGCAAACUGAGGUUGCUCAGAGAGGUGAAGUGACUUGCCCAAUAUUACACAGCCAGAAACGGACAGAGCUGGGUUUGGA